CGAGCAGCUGAGAGAAGAGGCUGUCCAGCAAACGAGAGAAAACUUUAGUCGUAAACAAAGCAACGCGACGAGGAGGCUGUUCUCCGCCUCUGGAGGAAAAGAAAAUACAUCUUUGAAAGAUAAGUCUGACGGACAGAAACCAGAACAAGGAAUGGCCUCUGCCUUCCCUCCCUGUUUUGAAGAGAACUUUUCAUGUCCCAUCUGUCUGGAGGUGUUAAGCAGCCCAGUUUCUACACCAUGUGGACACAACUUCUGCAGAGCCUGUAUUGAAACAAGCUGGCGUGGCAAAUUCUCGUACACAUGUCCUCUUUGCAACAAGGUUUUCCAAAAAAUACCUGAUUUACGGGUAAAUUACCUAGUCACAGAUCUGGCUGAUCAGUUUAGAUCAAACUUACAAGUGAAUGAGGAACACUGUGCUAAACCAGAAGACUGGACGAUGGUGGAGGUCUGUCCUCAGCCAGACGUACGGACCGUGAGCAGAGGCCAGGACCAGCUGGAGGAGACGCUGAACGUGAGGACGGAGAACCCACGAGACCUGAAAGCAGCUCUAGAGAAGUAUGCCUAUGAACUCACCCUGGACCCAAAAACAGCCCACAGAGACCUCUCUCUGUCUGAGGACAACAGGAAGGUGACGUGGACUGGAAUCUACCAGUCGCAUCCUGAUCACCCAGAGAGAUUUGACUCCUGGCCCCAGGUGUUGUGUAGAGAGGCUCUGACUGGCCGCUGUUACUGGGAGGUAGAGUGGGGAGGAGUGGUUGAUAUAGGAGUGACGCCGCCGUCCGACCGCGCAGCCCCCCCGCAGCGGAGCGGAGCAGUCAGCGAUAAGGCCGCCCGUCGGGUCCACGACCAGAGGCUGACGAGAGAAAACUUUAAUCUGAAACAAAGGAACACGACGUUGAGGCUGUUCUCUGCUUCUGGAGGGCAAGAAAUAACAUUUUGGGACAAUAAGUCUGACGGACAAAAACCAGAACAAGGAAUGGCCUCUGUCUUCCCUUCCUGCACUGAAGAGAACCUUUCCUGUCCCAUCUGUCUGGAGGUGUUAAGCAGCCCCGUUUCUACACCAUGUGGACACAACUUCUGUAGAGACUGUAUUGAAACAAGCUGGAGUGGCCAAUACUCCUAUAAAUGUCCUCUUUGCAAUAAGGUUUUCGAAAUAAGACCUGAUUUACAGGUCAAUUUCCUCAUCACAGAUCUGGCCGAUCAGUUUAGAUCACGCUUACAAGUGAAUGAGCAACACUGUGCUAAACCAGGAGAUGUUCCCUGUGACGUCUGUAAUGGGACCAAGCUGAAAGCUGUGAAGUCCUGCCUAGCGUGUCUCAUCUCUUACUGCCACACCCACCUGGAGCCUCAUCAGAGAGUCCCAGGCCUGAAGAGACAUCAGCUGGUCGACCCCAUGGACCGACUGGAAGACAGGAUUUGUAAGAAACACAGCCAGCUUCUGGAGCUCUUCUGCCAUACUGAACAGUUGUUUGUGUGUCAGUCCUGCAUAGUGAUGGACCACAAGUUCCAUCCUGUUGUACCUAUAAGGGAGGAAUACGAGGAGAAGAUGAAACUUCUGUGGAAGAUACAUUUUGAAGUUGAGCAGAUGAUCCAAGGCAGAGAACAACAGAUUCACGAGAUCCAUUCUGGAAUAUAUGUAACAGAGAACCAAGCCGAAAACCUCAUUGUGGAGCUGGUGGAGGAAAUAACUUUACUGACCAGUGAAUGCUCAGAGAUGAUGCAGGUCUCACAGACUGAAGACCCCCUCCACUUCCUCCAGGCCUUCAGAAUCCCGGAGAAUCUGCUACACUUCAGGGACUGGACGACGGUGGAGGUUUGUCCUCAGCCAGACGUACGGACGGUGAGCAGAGCCCAGGUUCAGCUGGAGGAGACGCUGAACGUUAGGACGGAGAACCCACGAGACCUGAAAGCAGCCCUAGAGAAGUAUGCCCGUGAACUCACACUGGACCCAAACACAACCCACAGAGACCUCACUCUGUCUGAUGGCAACAGAAAGGUGAUGUGGACAGGAAAAUAUCCUGAUCACCCAGAGAGAUUUGACACAUGGCCCCAGGUGUUGGGUAGAGAGGGUCUGACUGGCCGCUGUUACUGGGAGGUAGAGUGGGAAGGACGGGUUGUUAUAGGAGUGACAUACAGAGGAAUCACAAGGAGAGGAAUGGUAGAUGGCAGCCGGCUUGGAGCGAACAACAAGUCCUGGAGUCUUGAUUGUGAUGAUGGUCGUUACUAUGCCCGGUACAACGGUAUAGAGACAGCCCUCCCUCUCCCCGCCGCUGGCUCCACCAGAGUAGGAGUGUAUCUGGACCGGCCUGCUGGCUCUCUGUCCUUCUACAGAGUGUCCCCAGGUGGAGGAGGGUCCUCAGACACACUGACACACCUCCACACCUUCUGGUCCUCCUUCACCCAGGAGGACCUUCUCCCUGGCUUUCAUUUGAAGCCUGAUUCCUCAGUGUCUCUGUGUCGGUUGAGCGUGAGGGCUUCCCUGUUUGGGUCUGAUGUGCUUAUUGGGAACGCCCAGCUGCACGUUGCUCUUCAUGUCCGCCUCACCCUGCCCCCUGGUGGCCUCUUGGAGCGCUGCCCCCUGGUGCUGACGCUGCCCCCUGGUGCUGAGUCGGCAGUGACGGCCCCCUGGUGGCCUCUUGGAGCGCUGCCCCCUGGUGCUGAGUCGGCAGUGACGGCCUCACCCUGCCCCCUGGUGGCCUCUGGGAGCGCUGCCCCCUGUGACGGCCCCCUGGUGGCCUCUUGGAGCGCUGCCCCCUGGUGGCCUCUUGGAGCGCUGCCCCCUGGUGCUGAGUCGGCAGUGACGGCCCCCUGGUGGCCUCUUGGAGCGCUGCCCCCUGGUGGCCUCUUGGAGCGCUGCCCCCUGCAAAGCAACGCAAUGAGGAGGCUGUUCUCCGCCUCUGGAGGAAAAGAAAAUUCAUCUUUGAACGAUAAGUCUGACGGACAGAAACCAGAACAAGGAAUGGCCUCUGCAUCCCCUCCCUGUUCUGAAGAGAACUUUUCGUGUCCCAUCUGUCUGGAGGUGUUAAGCAGCCCAGUUUCUACACCAUGUGGACACAACUUCUGUAGAGCCUGUAUUGAAACAAGCUGGAGAGGCAAAUCCUCCUACAAAUGUCCUCUUUGCAAUAAGUGUUUCAAGAAAAGACCUGAUUUACAGGUCAAUUUCCUAGUCAAAGAUCUAGCUGAUCAGAUUAGAUCACGCAUACAAGUGAAUGAGCAACACAGUGCUAAACCAGAAGACUGGACGACGGUGGAGGUCUGUCCUCAGCCAGACGUACGGACCGUGAGCAGAGCCCAGGUUCAGCUGGAGGAGACGCUGAACGUGAGGACGGAGAACCCACGAGACCUGAAAGCAGCUCUCGACAACUAUGCCUGUGAACUCACCCUGGACCCAAACACAGCACACAGAGGACUCUCUCUGUCUGAGGACAACAGGAAGGUGACGUGGACUGGAAUCUACCAGUCGUAUCCGGAUCACCCAGAGAGAUUUGACUCCUGGCCCCAGGUGUUGGGUAGAGAGGCUCUGACUGGCCGCUGUUACUGGGAGGUAGAGUGGGAAGGACGUGUUGAUAUAGGAGUGACAUACAGAGGAAUCAUUAGGAGAGGAGAGGGUUUCGACAGUGAGCUUGGAUGGAACAAUAAUUCUUGGAGUCUUUGUUGUGGUAAUCGAUACACUGCCUGGUACAAAGGUAGGGUAACAGUCAUACAGCUCUCCCCCGCUGACUCCACCAGAGUAGGAGUGUAUCUGGACCGGCCUGCUGGCACUCUGUCCUUCUACAGAGUGUCCCCAGGUGGAGGAGGGUCCUCAGACACACUGACACACAUCCACACCUUCCAGUCCACCUUCACCCAGGAUCUCUGGCCAGUUUGUUUUUUUUAUGCUGCUUCUUCAGUGUCUCUGUGUUGGAGAUAGCAACACACACACACACACACACACACACACACACACACACACACACACACACACACACACACACACACACACACACACACACACACACACACACACACACCCCGGCAUUCC